AAUAUCAUUAUGAUUAUAAUAUAGGAAAUAUUAAUUCAAGCAAAUUAGCAAAAUUAUGUACUUGGCCAUCAGAUAUUGAUAUUGCAACAACGAUUAAACAUUCUUACAAAUUGGCAUCUGAACUUGCCAAAGCACUUGAUAUGAACUCGACUUCAAGUACAAAUAAUUCAUUAUUACUUCCAUUUGUAAUGAUAGAGACACCAGAUUUGGAAAUAUCAACUGGAAUUAAAUCAAAUUCGGAAUUUGAAAAUGACUUGAAUAAAUUUUUUGAAAUUGAUAAAGAAAUUUCUGAUGCAAUUAGUCAAGCUUUCAAAUAUACUACUGAAGCUAUUAAUAAUAUUUUUGAUUCAUUGAAUAUUAAAGAUACUGAUGAUCAAAUUUACCAAACACAAAUUAUUUCAAUUUUAAAUAAUUCAACAAGAAUCUUUAAUAAUGAGCAAGUUGAACACAAAGAGUUAGAUUAUUCAAAUAUGAUUGCAUUACGAAGAUGUCAUGAAGCAUACAAUUUAAAACCAAUUGAAAAACAAAAUUGUACACAUCUAAUUGGUUAUGAAAAGUCACGUACUAUUAAUCUAAACAAGGCUAGUCAUCUAAUUUCACAACUUAUAAACAAUACAGAUCCUGCAAUGCGAUUUAUAAAACAACGUGAAAAGCGAUGGAAAGAAAAUUGGAAAACAAUGACUACUAAUCUUGCAAGUUUACAACAAUCAGAAUUAUCAAAGCAAAGAUGA